AAACCAGCAGGAAGAGAGAGCUCGGGUGGUGAUAUCUGUCAAGUUCGGACGGACCAGCCGACUCAACAAACCCACUGCUCCCUCAAUCCGUUCAUUCCGAUCUUCAGCAAAACUGCGCCCGCACGUGUUUGGCCGGGUUCCUUUCUGCGCCCAAAUCCGGACGAAUCUGCGGACGUUACUGCCGCAUUUGAAGAACAGACGCUUGUUUCAAGUUUCCCGGAAAUACAGCGUAGAGGGCAUUGGUGUGAGGAUGGCUGCGUACAAGCUUGUCCUGAUCCGCCAUGGAGAGAGCUGCUGGAACCAGGAGAACCGUUUUUGCGGCUGGUUCGACGCAGACCUGAGUGAGACCGGCGAGCAUGAGGCGAGGAGAGGAGGACAGGCUCUGAAAGGUAAGAGUUCAUGUCACCUGGUCUAAUCGGGCUUUCUCUCGGUCAUUGGAUUAAGCCUCUGCGAGCCCUUGCUUAUGCAACUUCACAGGGGAAGAGGAACAGGUUGUCGGCCUACUGCGACACAAGAGCAGGCAGCGGCAUACAGGGGGAAACAGGAAUGGAUGUGAUUCAGCCAUCGUAUUUAUUGGGUUAAAACCUUUCCAUGAGUCAUCACUGACUGAGUAUAUGUAGAAGAAUUAAGACGCAGUCGAAGUUUGACUAUGAUCAGACAGUCUGGCAGGGACCAGCCUCUGCUGAGGGUUUUUCCCCAUGAGCCCAUCAUGGUCACACACACCAGUCCUCAUGGUGUGGUGAUCUGACUAUUCAUUACACGUUUUUCUUAUGUCAGGGUUCAAAAAUGGAAGUUUAGGCUCAUUUGGAUUUUUAUUGCUUGAAAGUGAGCAUUUGUUUUAUCUGAGAAUCAGUUGAAUGUUACAAAGCAGUCCUAAGGAAGGAUUUCCUAUCUUUGCACAUAUCAUUUAUUUAGUCACAUAAGCCAUGUUGUGUAUGUAUUUUGCUGGAAGUAACCUCACUUAUAAAAAGCACUCAAUGCAGGAGUAUCAUCCUAUCAUCCAUAAAGAUUUUACUAACACAUUGAUCAUUCUCCAAUAAUCUACUCCUGCGCUCACAUGCUACUUUAGAUGUAAAUUCUUGAAGGAUUCAGGAAAGUUUAUUCAUCAUUCCAGGACAUGUUAGUACAUGAAAAGGGGUGGUAACCAGUAAAAAGAAAGCAAUGCUAGAUAAUACACAUAACUACAACUCAUAUUGUCACCAACAAUCGAUAUGCAAAAGAAAAAUAUUUUUUAUUAUUAUCAAGGAUAAUGAAAUGUAAAAGUGAUGAAAUCCAUUCCAAGACAUGCUGGGACAGAAAGCCAAGUGCUGGUGCCUGUUAUAAAAGUAAAGGACUCCUUUUUGCUUGACAAACUAUGUUGAUGGCAGUGGAUUUAGUACAGAGGGAGAGACCAGGACAACUUAAUAAUCCUUUUAGUCCUCAGUCCUACACAGUUUGGCACAUGCCCUUGUUGGUUUUCUGUGACCCAAAAAUCCUCCCCAGACACAUUCUGCAGAGCCUGCAGUCUAACAACUGCCCCUGACUAAGCAAAAACAACUGUGUACAUGUGGGGGGAUCAACUGUGCACUCACAAAUGUCACCGAACAUUAACAUCUCCCUUCUUAUCUGUGACUCCUUUCAGAUGCUGGAUAUGAAUUCGAUAUUUGCUACACCUCUGUCCUCAAGAGGGCCAUCCGCACUCUGUGGUUUGUUCUGGACAGCAUCGACCAAAUGUGGCUGCCAGUCCACAGGACCUGGCGCCUCAAUGAGCGUCACUAUGGCGGCCUGACUGGAUUGAACAAAGCUGAGACAGCAGCUAAGCACGGAGAGGCACAGGUCAAGAUCUGGAGGCGCUCUUUUGACAUUCCUCCCCCAUCCAUGGAUGAGGACCAUGACUUCUAUCAGAACAUCAGCAAGGUAGAGCCACAGGAAAACACUUUAUAUUUAAACAUGCUGACACUUACCACCUUAUUUUAAGGAAAGAAAUUACCAAAAAAACAACUAGCUUUAUUGACUUUAUCUCCGUUUGCAGGACCGGCGUUAUGGUGACCUCACAGAGGACCAGCUGCCUAGCUGUGAAAGUCUCAAGGACACGAUUGCUCGGGCCCUGCCUUACUGGAAUGAAGAGAUUGUUCCUCAGAUCAAAGAAGGGAAGAGGGUGUUGAUCGCUGCCCAUGGCAACAGUCUCCGGGGCAUCGUCAAGCACCUUGAGGGUAAGAGACAGAGGAGAGUCUUUCAGUGCUGCACAGUAAAAUUUAUUGCCAAGCUUCCAUCCAUCAAUCCAUCCAUUUUUGACUGCUUAUCCUGUUGGGGGGUCACGGGGGUGGGGGGGGGGGGCUGAAGCCUGUCACAGCAUCUUGGGGCGAAGGCAGGUCCACACCCUGGACAAGUCGCCAGUUCAUUGCAAGGCUGACAAAUAAAGAUGAACAACCAUCUAUUUUCACAUUUCAUUGCUUUUGCAUGUUUUUGGAAUGUGGGAGAAAACCAGAGUACCAGGAGUAAACCCUCACAGUCACAGGGAGAACAUGCAAACUCUACACAGAAAUGCUCUGACCCAGAUUCAACAGUGAGGCAACAGUGCUAACCACUACAUCUUAGAUUAUUCAAAAACAAAUCCUUUAAUAUACAGAGGUUUUUUUUUUCACUAUCUGAAUUUGAUUUAACUGCUUCCAUUAGCUUACUGCCAAAGUAAUAUCUGAUUGGUCUCUUCUGGAAUGUCUGGUUUUAAGAUUUGGCGUCAAUAAAAGGCUUGAACUGCUCAGAUGCACCUGAGUAGGCAGCAUUACCUUGUGAAUAUUAACUGUUAUUUUUCCUUCCAUUCCGAUGCAGGAAAGGCACAUCUAUUAUUUAUCUUUUUAUGCUUUAUUAUUCCAGGAAUGUCAGAGGAGGCCAUCAUGGAGCUGAACCUGCCCACAGGGAUCCCAAUUGUUUACGAACUGGACAAGAACCUGAAACCUACAGGACCCAUGCAGUUUCUGGGAGAUGAGGAAACUGUGAGGAAGGCCAUGGAAGCUGUAGCUGCUCAGGGAAAAGCCAAGAAAUAGACCACCCACUAAACACACACAUCAUAUAUUCCUCCCAUCUCCCUUUCAUGGAUGGCUUAGAGUACAGAUCAGCCAUGUGCUGUUGAGUUAUUGAAUUAUUUCAGGGUCAUUUACUGUUACAGUCAUCACAGAGUUGGGAACAUACAGACACACAAUGUGCACUUUUAUUUUCUUAUUAUGCAGCUCUCACACACAUACAGUGUAGCCUAUAAUUUGACUGGUCUUUACUUACUGAAAUUCUAAAACAUACAUUUCAUCACUAAAUACUGGAUAUCUGCUGUAAUAUGAUUUUAGCAUUGACCAAAAGGCAAAAUUAGGGACCAGGCAAAGGGAGCAAACAUAGCGACCCCUGAAGCGUUAUUCCAAGUAUUAUUUCCUUGAUGAGAUCCAUUUGUUGGUGAAGCUCUGUGGGAAGAGUAAACCCUAUUGAGUGUUACACUGGCUGUUGUUAAAGAAACAAGUUGGUAUGCCCUGCACUGCUGAUUUUUUGUUUUGCUGUGGUGUUGUAAGAAAAUAAAUAUUGUGAGCUAUUAUGUGACUUUUUUUUUACUUUGGCUGCCAUGGUCUUCCAACAUAACUAUAAUGUCCUGACGAUCAUAUUUAAGAAGAAAUGAGUUGGCCUUUGUUCCUUAUGAUACAUUUUAAAAAUGAAAAUAUGUUGUUGUAUAGGGAUGCCUCUUAGUAUAAAAACACAUGGCGUAUAUCACAAGUGCAAUGUUGUUCUAGUUCUCUAGGAGGACUUAAAAAGUCUUCUGUCAGUGGUUCAAAAUAUGGUAAAAGGUUCUAGGAUCCUUAAUCUUUCUAAAAAAUAGUGAUUGCAUUGAUAUUUCUUAAAUGUUCAUUCUAAACUGAGAGGCAGUUUUACCUUGUUUUUCGACUAGUUGAUAUCCACAAUUUAUAAAAACAAGCCUUGAAAGCCCAUAAUCUGCGAACCUGAAAAGGGGUUCAUUCACAAGGAUUCAUAAAAAGUUCACUAAAGAUGUCUUAUCAGAUAAAAGUAGUCUCAAUAAUGUUCCAGCUAAUCCCAUGUCAAAACCAUCCCAGGCCUGUUGAUUUAUAAUCAUGUGAUAUUUCGAUACCAUUGAUUGAUAACAUGUAUAGACAUUACGAAGUUGUUAUAAAUGCUUUUGAGUAAAGUGUCGAAUACAACGUUUGCUACAAAAA